ACAGUCUCCAUGGAAUCUAAUCUCUCAAACAGAAACCCAUAAUUCUUAGCUCUAUAUAAUGGUUGCUUAGGUACCUUGUUCGAGGCAGCAAAGAAAAAAAAAACAUGAAAUAUACUGAGAUAUCUCACUUUAGCCACCCACAACACAAGCUGAAGUUUGAGUACUCAGAAUUUCCAUUCAAGUGUGAUGGCUGCAAGGAAGUAGGAAUUGGAUCGCGCUACAAAUGCACCAUGUGUGAUUUUGAUCUCCAUAUGCAUUGUGCCAUCCCUGCUCCCACAAUCUUUCACUCUUUCUACACCAAAUGUUCCUUCCAAUUCUUCUCGAGGCCUCCCGGUGACAAGCCUCGCUUUUGUAAUGCAUGCGAAAGGGAUGUCACGGGCUUCGUUUACCAUUGCAAAGAUUGUGGAUUUGAUCUUCAUCCUUGUUGUGCAAAAUUGCCCAUGGUUCUUAACGACGGGGAGAUUAAGCUGUAUUUGUAUAGGAAGGUGAGUGCAUCUUGUCUCAAAUGUGGACGUAAAGGCAGGAGUUGGACUUACAGGUCUUCGUGCAAGAAAUAUAAUCUGCAUGUGGCAUGUGUUAAGGACAUGCUCAUGGAGAAUUGGCAAGGGUACAUAGGUGAAAAGAGUGCUAGGAAAUUUCAUUCGAGGAUUCCUAGCUUGAAAAAUACACUCCUUAUUCAUAACAAGAGAAAAAGUAAGGCCAAGAUAGGUUGGGAAAUGGCUGCACUAGCCCUGCAGUUUGUUAUAUCGGCUGUGCUAGGUGAUCCAACAACUCUUAUAGCAGGGGUGAUUGGUUCUAUGAUUUCAAAAGCUUGGUAGAGCAUGCUGCGUGCUUAGAUUAUGAUGUUUUUCCUUCUAUCUUUGUUGAGAAUGUUGAAGUUUCGUAUUAUGGAUAAAGGUGUUAAAGUGAUGGCACCAAAGCUAGAGUUUAUUCUCCAA